ACGUUGCUGCUGCUAACGCCGCUGCUGUGACAGCCUCUCCCUCCAUCCGCGGCUGAUGGACCCGCUGACGCUGAGGAGGACACCGGGCACGGACACGGACGGCCUCCGGUGGAUCAACGGAUCACUGAACGAGCAGAGAUCGUUUAUUAUUCACCGCGUCUUGAUCAAAGAUCGUGUAUUAUUUUCCGUGUUCGUGUCGGAGCGGCAGCGGAGAGAGAUGCUGUCAUGACUGAGAGGAUUCUAACAGGAUCGAUUCUUCCAGAGGAAUAAAAGAGGAUCCAUCGAUCAGUCAUCACAUGUUUACCACCGAGGAAGUGAGAACGAGACUCUCAGCAACAUCCGCUCUGACUGGAAAUCUUCUUCACUGAAUUUAAGCUUCAGAUCACGUUUUUCAGGCAGCGUGACCCCACGAGAUUUGGAUUUAUGAGCCGGAGAAUGAGCGAAUGCUGCUGCAGCUUCCUUAUUCCUCCUCUGUCAGGCAGCCGUGCACAUUUCUGUGUGUUUAAAACAUGCAAAUGAGAAAUUAAGCACCUGGAAAGGUGAUUGAAGGAGUGAAAUUAAUGUUGUAAACCAGGAUUCAAGCUCCAGAUUUGAGAUUUAAACUUUACUCCUGCAAUAGUAUGCAACCAAAGAUUUAUUUGUUGCUUUUUGUCAUCAUGCAUUUCCUUAAUGGCAUUUUUUGGAGCUCAGUCCAUUAAAAAUCAUUGAGAAGCAUCUUUAAAUAGCUGUAGUAGUAGGGUUUGAACUGGAAAGCAGAGUACGGUGGCUUUAGAGGGACAAAAGUGCACAUAACCAUCUCUAGAAAAUCCUGGGAGGAAAAGGGAACACUAUGUUUUAACAUAUUUCCAUUUUUACAUCAAUGCAAAGAGAAAUCUGCAAUCUUUGCACUUUAAAAUGAUUUUAUCUCAAACGAGAAUCUGAAAAUCAUCGGUGGAAACCAACAAAAAGACUCUUUAAUCUGAGGUGUCCCGGCUUUUUUGAUAAAGUGGAUCCUAACUUUUUACAGACAGGCUCUUGAAGUGACGGCGGCGUAAAAAUCCUCCACAGCCUGCAGUUUUGAAAUCUGCCGACUCUGCAGUUCUGCUUCCUUGUUCCGCGAUGUUGGACCCGGUGAAAAUGAAGGAGUCGUGCAGGAUCUGCGCCCGCGAGCUCUGCGGUAACCAGCGCCGAUGGAUCUUCCACCCGUCGGCUAAGGUUAACCUCCAGGUGCUGCUGUCCCACGCCCUGGGCCACGAGCUGACCCGAGACGGGCGCGGGGAGUUCGCCUGCUCCAAGUGCACCUUCAUGCUGGACCGGAUGUACCGCUUCGACACCGUCAUCGCCCGCGUGGAGGCGCUGUCUCUGGAGCGACUCCACAAGCUGCUGCUGGAGAAGGACCGGCUCAGGCAGUGCAUCGGGGGGUUAUACCGUAAAAACAACGCUGGCGACGGGGGCGCGGCUCCUCCCGGGGCGGUUAUGGAGGUGAUCGUGACCGAGGCGGGGUGUGAGGAGUCUCCUGUGGUGGAUUUUUCUGCUUUGCAGGAUGUGAGGUACUCUGAUUUGAUCCAGGAUGAUCUGGCGUAUUCUGUGUAUGAAUCCUGGGCCGAUAAAGAUGACCCGACCCCGGACCACACCCCCCACCAGCACCACCUCCUCCAGUGCCCGGCUGCCGACUCCUUCCCGGGGCAGAAGCCGAGGCGGUGUAAGGGCUGCGCGGCUCUCAGAGUCGCCGACUCCGACUACGAGGCGGUGUGUAAGGUUCCUCGGAGGAUCGGGCGAAGGAGCACGUCCUGCGGCCCGUCCACACGCUACUCACCCUCCACUCCAGGAGUGGAGGACUCUACCAGGACCCCCGGAGCGUCAGAGACCACAGCUGUCCCCUUUGAGCCUUCUUCAGCCGACAGAGAUCAGACCUUAUGUGAGAGGACGAGUCCCAGCCCGGCGUCCUCCGUAGAAUCUCUAGAAACCACCGUGGACCUGGGCUGCUCUCCUACAAGCCACAGAGACAGAGCAGAGCCAGAGAAAGACCCGGAGGAGGCUCCGGUGAGGGACAAACCCCCCAGUGAGAGCUCCCUGUCUGGGCUGGAGGUGGCGCUGGGCCUCCUGAGGAGCUGGGAGUAUCGACCCGUGAAGACAUGUCGGGGCAGCAAGCUCCCCGUUCUGGUCAAGUCCAAACUGGAGCACAGCGUAUCGCUGCAGCUGACGAUCCCACCGAGGUCGCCCUGUGGAGGGGCCGCAGACUGCCAUCUCUACCCCCACCAGGUCCCGGAGGUCGUGACCCCGUGUGGCCAGCAGGAGCUGCAGGCGGAGCUGGCAGAGAUGGAGGAGCAGUGGAUGGAUGACUACAUCCAGUGUGGGCCGUUUCGAUUCCAGCAGAGGCUGAUCGAUGAGCAGCAGAGUCGGCUCGGUCGGUACGAGAGCGCUGCAGGUCAGUGCGUCGGAGAGCUGCAGAAGGCCCAGGAGCAGGUCCGCUCUCUGCAGGCCAAGAUCAGAGAGAGCGAGAGCAGGAACCAGAAGCUGCAGAAACGUCUGGGUGACAUGGAGCUGGAGCUGCGAUCAGCCCAGGAGGAAGCUCAGCGUCAGGAGAGAAACAUCCAGAACAUCACUGAUACGGUCAGCUCCAAAGAUGCUCAGGCUGCAGAGCUGCUCCACGUGAUCGAGGACCAGAAUAAAAUGCUGUGUUCUCUCAAAGAGCUCGCCAACCGCAGCCAGCUGCAGCAGCUGCAGGUUUCUGGCGCUGAGAGCAUCCGUGGUCAUGGCGAGGUUCUGGCCCUGCAGGCGUCUCUCUUCCAGGCUCAGCUGGAGCUGCAGGCCGGUCAGAGGGCACAGAGACAGUCGGCGAGGACGCAGGAAGACCUGAACCGAGCUCUGCAGAGGCUGGAGAAGGACCUGCAGGGGGCGCUGCAGCACAGGAGGGAGACGGAGAGACACAACCAGGACCUGCAGCUGGCUCUGGAGAACGCUCGCUCGACCCUGCAGGAGAGAGAGGAGCAGCUGAGACAGCGAGAGCAGGCGAGACGGAGCGAGGAGGAGGAGAGAGAGAGGACAAUCCGAGAGCUGAGGACGUCCCUGCUGAGCAAAGAGCAGCUGAUUGAGGACUGUGAGCUUUUGGAGGAUCCACAGGAGAAGAGAGACUCAUUACUGGAGAAACUUCGUCAGAGAAUCAAAGAGAGAGACCGAGCUCUGGAGCGAGCCGUGGACGAGAAGUUUCGCUGCGUGGAGGAGAAAGAGGAGGAGCUCCGUCGUCUUCAGCUGCUGCUCCGAGAGAAGGAGAGAGACCUGGAGAGGCAGCGCUGCGUGCUGACCAACAACGAGGAGACCAUCGCUAGCCUGGAGGUGCUGCUGCGUGGUAAAGCUUUGGAGCUGGAGCAGGUCAGCGACGCCUGCAGGAACGUGCAGCGUCAGCAGCAGGAGAGCGGCGAGAGGCAGAGCCGCAUCCUGAGAGAGAGAGACGCCAUCCUCAGCCAGCUGCAGGGGGCGCUGCACGCUCGCACGCAGGAGGCUCAGGACCUUCGCUGCUCCCUGCUCACUCAGAUCCAAUCAGCUCCCAGCGAGGUCCUAGAGGAGCUGAAGGUCCGCCUCCAGCUCAAGGACCGCCUCUUCCAGGAGGUAUUGGCUGACAGAACACGACAGGCCCAAGAGCACCAGGAGCAGGUCCAGGAUCUGCUCCGAACCAUCAGCUCCAGGGACCAGUACAUCCAGGACUCGGCGAGCCGCCUCGACGAGGUCAUGACGGAGCAGACGGGGAGGCUCCAGGAGCUCCGCAGACAGCUGAGCUCAGCCGUCGGGUCCAGGUCUGACGGCGGAGCGGACUCGGCCGUGGAGCUGGAGGCCCUGCAGGAGGAGCUGCGUCUGGCCCUGAGGAGGGAGAAGGAGAGCCAGGAGCUGAGCAGGAGUCAGACCAAGAGCGUGGAGUCGCUCAGCAGGACGCUGCACGUGAAGGACGAGAUCAUCAGGGACCUCCAGAGGCAGAUGGCCGACCCCUCGGCUCUCCCUGUGGUCGAGCGUUUGACCCGGGAGGUUCAGGAGCUAAGGGAGAGCCUGUUCCAGCAGGAGGGUCCCCCGGCCAGAGGCCCCGUUCUGGGCCGGGACCGAGGCGGCGGCAGGCUGCCAGAGUUUGGAGAGUUAAGCUCAGAGGAGGAUGACGAGGCAGACGAGGAUUUCACCAGCGAGUACACGGAGAGCGUGGAUGAGGACGAGUCCAAGCCCCGGCUCCAGAACAAGGUCAAGUCUCCGUCCAGUGACCCGCUGUUUGAGGGUCAGGGUCUGCUGGAGGUCAAACAGCUGGUGGAGCAGAAGCGAGUGGUGGAGAGAGAGCUGGGCGAGCUGAAGGCUCAGCUGGAGAAGGCCGGCUUCUCCUCGCUCUCUCAGAUGAGGAAAGCUCUGUUCAGCCUACAAGAGGAGAACGAAGACCUGAAGCUUCGCCUGCAGCCUGACGGGGAACCGAGUCAUGGAGAGAAGGUGUUUGAUGGUGAUGAAGAGGAGGAGGAGGAGCUGGAUGUGACCAUAGAGGGGGUGGAGGAGGAAGAGGACGAGGAGGAGAGCUCUGGGAUGUGGGACUCCUGGGAUCCUGACCCGUCUCUGACCCAGCACCAUCAGAGAGUCGACAAGAGGCCGACGUCUCUGCUGGUCAACAACUCUUCAACGGACGGUGCAGACGGCGAGCCAUCGGCCGCUCGGUGUGAGAAGACGGUUCGUCUGCAGCAGAAGAGCAAAGAGCUGAGAGAGCGUCUGAUGGUGUCUGAGGCCACGGUGCAGGCUCAGGCCGAGCAGCUCAAAGACUACCGAGAGCUGCUCACGGAGACGGCGGUGCAGCAGGACAGUAAACAGAUCCAGGUGGACCUGCAGGAUCUGGGCUAUGAGACGUGCGGCCGCAGUGAGAACGAGGCUGAGAGAGAAGACACCAGCAGUCCAGAGUUCGACGACCUGGAGAUGUGUACGUCCCUGGACUGUGGCUCUCAGUGGUGGCCGACCAGCAGCGGCUCCACCUUCACCAAAACACCUGCCCAGACCCCCGGAUACGCCGACGACACGUCGUCUCUGCAGCGCCUGGUGGAGGACCUCCGUUCCCAGCUGUCCCGCUCUCAGGCGGUGAUCCGCGGCCUACAGGGCCGCCUCCGCUCCCUCUCCACCUCCAGCGACCGUGGACCCUCCACUCCCCGGAAAGUCAACUGGUCCUUCCAGGCGUCGUCCUCUCAGAGCGGGGCGGAGGAGGACGAAGGCUGGCAGUCGUCUGACGGGGGUCCGCUGGCGUCUCCGCGUCACCCUCGCCCCGACAAAGACCUGCAGGAGCUGGCGUGCCGCGUGGACGCUCUGGAGGAUCAGCUGAGGAAAGGAAGCAAGAAGGCGGGCAGCGAGGACGCGAAGUCUGCAACGUGGCCCGGCAAAUUCGACAGCCUGAUCAAGGCUCAGGCCCGGGAGCUGUCUCACCUCCGCCAGCGUCUGAGGGAGGGCCGCGGCGUCUGUAACAUCCUCACCCAGCACCUCGGCGACACCACGAAGGCGUUCGAGGAGCUGCUGAGGGCCAACGACAUCGACUACUACAUGGGCCAGAGCUUCAGGGAGCAGCUGGCCCAGAGCGGGGCGCUCGCUCAGAGAGUCAGCGCCAAGAUCAGCGGCCGAGAUCACGCCGAGGAUCCUGAUGAGAAGACAGAGCUGCUCGCCAUCCGGCUGAGUAAGGAGCUGCAGCAGAAGGACAAAGUCAUCGAGUCUCUCCGUGCCAAACUGAACCAGCAUCACAGCCACCAUCACCCUCAUCGCUCUGACACGCCCUGCAGCAGCCACGCCCUCUCAGACACCACCGACCAAUCAGAUCGCAUCUCCUACGUGUCUGACGAGCAUGGAUCGACCAACGAGGACCUGGAGCUCUGCUCUGACGUGGACGCCGCCAGCGAGCCAGGUCAGAAGGAAACGCAGACGUCCAGCAGGCUAAGCGCAGAUCACGUCUCUCACAGCGGCUCCACCCGUCAACCGUCUGCCCCUCCCUCCAUCGCCUCAUCCCACAGAGCCCCAUCCUGCCACAGCUGUCCCAGCAUGCACUGCCCCAACUCACCAUUUAAAGCAGCAGACAUGCAGAGUCAUUCAGCUCCAGUCUUCACCUUUCAGCCUCCCCCCUCCUCCUCCUUCUCCUCCACUCAGAGGGCCCCUCUGUCCCUCCAUCCUCACCCCGCACCCCUCCGAACCCCUUACCAAGGCAGCGGGGGAGCUGGUUUCUCCCUGGCUGAGGUGCAGCAGGAGCUGCAGAUGCUGCAGAGGCAGCUGGGAGACAGUGAGAGGUUUUCCACGCCUCAGUCCAAACCUCUCCAGCCGUUCCCGUUCACCCACCAGCAGCCGGACUCCUCCUUUCUCCCGCUCUCCUUCCACGGUUACCAGCCGUCUCCGUUCAGCAGCGCCACCAGCAGCAUGCUGGACGCCAACACAGCGCUGAAAGCUGGAGCCAGUCUGCUGGAGAGCAGUGCAUUGUGGGAUUUGGCCUACGGACCCAGACCGGUCAGACUGGGAGCCGACCUGUCAUCUGGAUCGUCUGGUUACCAGUCAGGAGCCAGUAACACUGGCUCUGACCUGAUGAAGGAGCACCUUCGGGAGAUCCGGAGUCUGAGGCAGAGACUGGAGGACUCCAUCCAGACCAACGACCGCCUCCGCCAGCAGCUGGAGGAGAGACUGGCCCGCACCGCCACAGAGAAAGGCGCUCCGACCAACAUCUACAUCCAGGGUCUGGACUCAGUGGGUCAGCUGUCCAGUGAGAUCAGACUCCUGAAGGAGGAAAACGCCAGCCUGCAGAGCCAGCUCAAACACGCCAGCAGAGAGAGCAGUAAGGAGGCGGAGCACCUGAGGGAGGCGGCGCUCCUGGACCGGGCCAGGCUAAAGGAGGCGGAGCUAGAGGCUGUAAGGUGGGCGGAGCAGAUCAGGAAGCAGCAAAGUGAGGCUGAAGCUCGGACUCAGGAGAUCUCACAGCUGAAACAAGACCGGCAGAGGAACCAGGAGGCCGUCAACAGACUCCAGCAUGAGGUGAGCGUCCUCCAGCAGCAGCUGUCCGAGAGCCGCAGUUUGGUCCACAGUCUCCAGUGUGAGCUGCAGGUCUACCAUCGAGUGUGUGGAGUUCCUGCAAACACACAAACAGCAGGCAAAGCCGACGAUGGCGUCCAGCUAGGACACGGCGGAGCGGCGUUUGACCCCGAAGAGCUCCACGUUCAGCUGGAGCAGCAGCUGAGCCGACAGGCCGACGCCCCGCCUCGAUCCAGGAGGAAACUCUUUAACGACAACGUUCCCUCGCCGCCUGUGAGAGACACCGGCCUUGUCAGCCCGCCGUCUCCUCUCCAUCCUGCUCACAAACGGAGAGAGGAAACAGGAGGAGACCAUCAAGCAUCCUCCACUCUUCAGGGUCAGGCCCCAGACGGCUCUUUUGCUAACUGUCAUGGCCGCCACGCCGUAGGUCACAUCGACGACUUUAAGGCUCUGCAGCAGCAGAUCGUAGAGGGCGGAGCUCUGCUCAGAAAGAUGGAGGUCGGCCUGAGUUCUCCGAGCAUGACGCAGGAGUUCAGACUGCAUCAGCUUUCAGACUCCAGCUCUGUCCGGAAGCUUCUUUCUGACAUCAAAACCCUUCGAGAGAUCCUGGAGGAGUCAGACGCUCUGCUCAGAAUGUUCUGGAGAGCAGCUCUGCCCGACAAGACAGAAACCAAACAGGAUCAGUCUCUGAGGGAGGAGGUCGUCUCUCUCCGUCUGAAGCUCGCUGAUAAAGAGGAGGCUCUAAAGGAGGCCAUGGAGAGACUGAAGAGCUCCAACCUCACCAAAGAUAGCAUGGAGCACUUUAUCGUCAGCCAGCUGUCGAGGACCCGGGACGUGCUGAGGAAAGCGAAGACAAACCUACAGUCUCCUCAGGAGAACGAGCUCAGGAUUUCUUCCCUUCACCGUGCUUCUCUCUCCAAUCCCCCUCCCUUCACCUGCUCCUCCCCACCCUCCUCUUCCUCACACUCCUGGUCCUGUAAAGGUGAAAACGCCGGAGGCUUCUGUGAACUCACCUUCUCUCCUGGUUGGGGUGUCCUGAAGCCUCUGACUUCCUCUUCCUCCUCCCUCUCUUCUUCUGCUGUCCAGGGAGGAGCUCACCGACACCAGCGUCCCCUGCAGUCAGCCGUCCUGUAGUGCACCAGCCCCAAGAUCCUCACCAUUAACAUCUACUGUUUGAACAGAAAAUGCUGGAACGUUCUGGUCCUCUUAUCAGCUGGAGGAACAUUUCAGAUGUCUGAGUGUGGACGAGUGUUUGUGUUGUCAGGUUGAGUACGGGGAUGAGAGUUCAUGUGAAAGAUGACUUUAUGGGUGUGAGGUGAGCAGGUGAUACGAGGACGUCGACUGAAGAGAGCAGCUGGAGUUUGGUUGACGUUGGCUCCUGAUUCUGAGCUUCUGACUGAGAAUGUCAAAAAUAAAAGUUUAGAUUUUACCUAAAAAUACCAAAGCAGCAGAGGCUGUAUCAUCAAGCAUCUCUAAUCAAGUCUGACCAUUGUUGGCUCCAAAAACCAAGACUGUGUUGGACAUUAUUAGAAAUGUCGGUUCUAUGUCUCUGAUAACUCUGCAGCUCCACAGACACACAGAGGAUAGUUCAGUUACUUCAGUCAGGCUGUAAGGUCAGGAUCAGGGACCUCAGGAGUCUCUUAGUCCUGGGCUGACAGUCUGAACUGGCUCUGGUCAGAUAGGAGGCGCUGUUUCUUCAGUCUGUGAACCUUUCUAACACACAGUCAGCUGUCUGAGUCUCCUCGUCUCCUCUGUCUCUGUGUUCUAGUCAUUUCUUCAUCGACCUGGCGUUGUCGGCAGGAUCUCAGUGGGGGACGUCACAGUGGCUAAGUCCACUCAGUGGAACUUUCAGAGGGCCAGCUUUUAGAAUACUUGAUGUAGACCUGGUCUAUUGUGGUGUGGGGAAACAAAAUCUGGUAUAAUGUUAUUUUUUCAUUUUAAAUCUCAGUCUUCUUCUCUUCAUCAGAAGCCACGUCAGCCUCGCUCUCUAGCAGGGAUUUAUGAAACAAAGAUCCUCACCAUGCCAGCAGAAGAGGGGCUUUAAAAGCCAAAACCAAACAGCAAAGUGCUUCCUGUCGGCCUCUGUGGAGGCUGGCGUCCAUAGCUAGUGUGUAGGAUAGUUGCAUGAGCAGCAGAGGAAACAAAGCCAUACUCUCAGAGGAUAUGGUAGCUCCUGUUUUAUCCUAACCGUUCAUCAGGAGUCAUAGAAAUGUCCGACUACUGACAGCGCUCUGGAGCUGCCAACAGUUUAGUAGUGUAGCUGGUAGAGGAUGUUUUACUGCAUUUACGACACAAAGUCAGGAACUUUUGCUCCAACUCAUGAAUAUUUCUGUUAAAUAUGGAAUCAGAUGUUUUAGGAAAUGUGGGUCCAACCCAGUUUGUCCUGCUGAAACAAAAACCUGCAGAGCUGAAAGUCUGCAAAAUGAACCAGUGUUAGUAAAAACAAGCAAGCUUUAAAAUAUAUGAACCAUUUCUGUUUAACGUGCACGGUCCACGAGAGAUGACAUUUCAAUUCUAGAACCAGAAAAUGGACCACGUUUGUUUUUUAGAUUUGUCUUUAGUUGUAUUUCUUUUUUAGCUAAAUUUGUGAAUAUUUUUAGAGACUGUAUCUCCCUGAGGAUGACAAUCACUUUUAGGAAAACUAUGAAUUCUUAUGCAUCUUAAUUUUAGGAUAUUUUUUUAGAACUUCUGCAGGAUCUCUGACGCUCACUGUGCUAAUAACCCUGGCUGGAGUUUGGUAUUUACACUGGCUUUAUUUCAUUUGAGUUGUGUUUUCUGUAUAGUAGGGUAGCUCUUUCUUUUGUGCAUGAACUGUGGCUUCACUGCCCUUCGUUACUUUGAGGAAAAUAUGCAAUUUUUGGGUUACUGUGCAAUAAUAUGCUGCCUUCAAAUGGACCUUGUAAGUCACUGAGCAGAGGAAAGGCUCUGGGUUGUAGAGUUUAGUGGUAACUGUGUCAGACUAAUGCCGAAAAAGGCUUUAAAUUUGAAAGUGCAAACUGUAAAUAACACGGGGACUGGAAAACAAAGAGGACGAGCUCCAAUAAAACUCACCAUGGCUGCUUUUGGUGGCUACAAUCUGAUGUCAGAGAGCUCCACCAUCUUUAAUACAUCUCUAAAACAUUCGACAUUCAGCUUACACCGUCAUGGAUACCAUGAAGAGGACGAUUCUAGGAGGAUGGUUCUAAUUGGACGAUUCUAGGAGGACAAUUCUAGGUAGAUGAUUCUAGGAGGACGAUUCUAGGAGGACAAUUCUAGGUAGAUGAUUCUAGGAGGACCAUUCUAGGAGGACAUUUCUAGGACGAUUCUACAAGGACGGUUCUAGGAGGACGAUUAUAGGUGGACGAUUCUAGGUAGACGAUUCUACGAGUACGAUUCUAGGAGGACAAUUCUAGGUAGAUGAUUCUAGGAGGACAAUUCUAGGUAGAUGAUUCUAGGAGGACCAUUCUAGGACGAUUCUACAAGGACGGUUCUAGGAGGACGAUUAUAGGUGGACGAUUCUACGAGUACGAUUCUACAAGGACGAUUCUAGGAGGACGAUGGUAGGAGGACGAUUCUAGGUAAACGAUUCUAGGAGGAUGAUGACGGUCCAUUUCCUUUGAGACGUGCUAAACAUGAGCCCGUUUGAAGGCACCAUAAUUCUUGAUGCAUUUUGUGGCUGUUCGGGUUGUUAAGUGCCAUGUUUUCUGUUUAUGUUGAAGAAUAUCUGCAGCUUGUCGACAAUCGGUUUCAAGGAUUUCUAAAGACCCUCCACUGAAUCAGAGUUUCAUACAAUAGUAGAAAUGUUAGAGCCUAAAAGAGCUCUAGAGUUGAACAUUUAAGACCAACCAAAGCAGACGACUUCUCCAGCAUGAAUCAGCGGUGUAAACGGAUCUGGGAGCCUAAUCUCCAUCAGCGUCUGUGUUGAAGCUCGGCUCACGGAUUUACAGACUAAAGACGAGAGUCGCUGAGAGUUCUGAGGCUGUUGGACAAAGACCAGCUGUAUUUCUAUGCAUGUUCUCUUUAUAAAAAUGUUUUGGGCUAAAAGAAAAGAAGGUUUGUAAUAAAAAGGGACA